GAGAUUUUUUUUUUCUCACGAACUUUUUUGUAAAUGCCACUUCUAUGCUCCUGUGUAAUUCUAUAUUUGUUUAUGAGCAUGCCGGCUGAAAUUGUUUAUUUUUGUAAAUUUGAUUGCAGUCGAGUUUUCUGGUUUUGUCCAAUUUCUGAAAUAAUUUGGUUCUAUGUGCUGCUACUACCCCUCCCCCAAAUUGUGAAGAUAAUUUAAAUUUCUGUAUGGCGAAUUGUGUCUCAUUGUAAAUUAAGAAACAUACAGUGUGGAGUUUUCUUGGGGAUUUUGUUCCAAUGGGAUGAAGCUUGAAAAUGGAAAAAGAAAAAAAAAAUCACCAUAAUAUUUACUGUGUAGUCAAACAAAGAAACUAAUACUAAAGUGUGUAGGUCUAAAUUCCACAAACCAAACCUCUUACAUGCUGCUCUGCUAAUUAACCUCAAUAUUUUCAAAAUAUCAUAUGAAAUGGGAAGAGGUAUUGCACUAUCACUGUUGCUGCAGGUUGAACUAGUUUUGCUGAAUUUCUUGACAUCAUUUUGACCAGCUGAGUGUGUGAGGCAAUAAUCUUGAUUCAGAGAGAUUUAGUUAAGCUAACCACUAUAUUAGUUGGUCCUGUUGUGAUCUAAACAUUUCAUGGGUUUAGAAGCUUCUAGAUGAGCAUUUUUGCGAUUUUGUUAUGCCUGUUCAGGUCCCAUAAAUAGUGUUUAUCUUAUUGAUGUGUUUUUUUUAUAUCCUUUUUCUUUCUUUAAUAGUACUAAUAUAGACUGUGGCACUUUCUAACCAUUUAAUUGUUGCUUUGUGAGGGCUGCUAUCUGGAUUUACACUGUUGAAUCACAUGACAUGCUAUAGCCAUGGCCAAAUAACUUCUGGAUGCUGCUUUAAUUAGGAGUUUACCUUAUGCUUUGUGAUGAAAGCCAAUCUAUAUCUCCCAUUGCAGAUAUGCUGCAUCUGGGGCUGUGCAAUGUCAGAUGAUGGACAUGACUCACCCAGGAGUCGUUCCAAUGCACAAGGUGAACUUUGAUGGUAAGACUGAAUAUGAUUUCAUCCAAAAUUACAAAGUGCUUCAGGAUGUUUUUAACAAACUCAAAAUCGACAAGCAUAUUGAGGUCAACAGACUUGUCAAAGCGAGACCAUUGGACAACUUGGAGUUCCUGCAAUGGCUGAAACGCUAUUGUGAUUCUGUAAACGGGGGUCUAAUGAAUGAGAAUUACAAUCCUGUGGAGCGCAGAACUAAAGGUGGAAAUAGGAGUAUCAGGGGUCCCCAGAAGAACUCCAAGUCAUUACAAACGAACAAUUCCGUGAACUCUGGCUCUUGUGAUGAAGAGCCAGUGGUUCUUAGAAGAAGUACAAGCACUGGGGCGAAGAAUAUGAAGUCAGGGGCCAAUACCUCGUCCGACUUUCAAUCAUUGACAAAGGAGAUUACUGAUCUCAAAGUUUCAGUCGAUCUCUUGGAAAAGGAACGAGACUUCUACUUUGCCAAAUUACGUGAUGUAGAAGUACUUUGUCAGACUCCCGAGCUAGAGAAUCUCCCGAUGGCUGUGGCAAUAAAGAAGAUUCUAUAUGCUGCAGACGAGAACGAGGAUGCCCUUGCAGAGGCUCAAGAAAUCGUGUCUGAAUUGAUAAUUGCAGAGCAAACCGGGUUAUCCGAUGAUAACUGAACACUAACUAAGAGAGUAGCAUUUAAAGGUGCCAUGGAAGAAAUGAUGCCAAUUCUCUUUAUUGAAUCAUUUUAGUUCAGUAUAUCUGCUGAAUUUGGAAAGCAUUUGGUGUAGCACUUUGUUUUACAAUUUGUGAGAAUUUCUGGAAUUCUGUCUGGAUCGUGUGGUUUCUUAUUGAGCUGUUUAAGUUAAGUUUGUUGGUGAUUAGAUAUAAAAAAUUGUUAAUCCAAAAGAAAAUAUAUAUUCAUGUCC